CGAAACAGAACACUCUGUGUAUCAUGUUCGCGACUUUUUUUGUUUGGUGUUGUUUCGAAGCCCACAAAAUAGCUAUUUUCGCUAUGGCAACAAUCGGCGUGUGUGGCGUAGUAUACCAGCAUCAUAGCAUGGAGUUAAUCUUGAUGAUAAGGAGAUUGAGACACCACCCGAUGAUUAAGCGCCAUUGACAGGGGACAAGGCUACUGUAUACUGUAUCAUCUAUCAACCUCCAAAUUCCAAACAACCACACUAGCAUUCCACCCCACCACCACCCAUUAUACACACGUACACUCUCCCAACAGUUUGUAUAACGCCGUAUACAAGCCAAUUGCCAUCAUGAACUCCUACGCCGCCCGCAGACUGGCUCUCAAUGCCACCCGCCGCCUCACAGCGCGCAGCUUCCACACCACCCCCCGCGCCUUCGUCAAGGUCGGUGACGCAAUCCCCGACCUCAAUGUCCUCGUCGAGGGCUCGCCCGGCAACAAGGUCAACAUGGCCGACGAGCUGAGAAUCGGAAAGUCGUUGAUCAUCGGUGUGCCUGCAGCUUUCAGCCCGGGCUGCUCCAACUCCCAUAUCCCGGGAUUCAUGAAGCACGCAAAGAUUAAGGAUGCUGGUAACGUCUUCGUUGUUACCGUUAACGACGCGUUUGUGACUAAGGCAUGGGCCGAUAACCUUGACCCAGAUGGAUCUACUGGGUUCCGCUUCAUUGGUGACCCAGCUUGCACUUUCACCAAGGCCCUGAAUCUCGAUUUUGACGGUACCGCUAUCUUUGGCAACGAGAGGAGCAAGCGUUACGCCCUCCUGGUUGAGGAUGGCAAGGUGAAGCAGGCCUUCGUCGAGCCUGACAACACUGGCAUUGAUGUCUCUGCUGCUGAAAAGGUUCUGGGAUAGAUCUUGGCAGCUAUCUUGUUGGUAUCAGAGCUAGUUACCAAGAGUAGUCACCUUGCGCCACCAAUGCUAUGUAUGUACUAUAACUAGAAGCAUAGCAAGUACCUUUCAAAUAAGAACAGUUACCAAACAUAAGCUACGAGAGAAUCAAGUUCUAAGGGCCAAAUAUAGCUCCAAAUUAACA